CACCCUGCAUGCCACAUCGCACAACUGCGCCGCACUAAGAAGGCAUGCUUGGACCUACGAGUCUCGCGAGCCGCGAAAGAGUUGGUGGGUGUGCAUAUUCAUCCGCAGCCUGAUCUUUCUUCCUUUCCAUCCAUAUUUCACAGCUCAACAGCUACAGUGUCAAGCAGCAACAAUGGCGCCCUACCCGGACUCGACAGGAACACCCGAGGUGCAACCAGAACGAGAUGACAAUGAAGAUUCCACACUACCCGGGAUGAAACGCGGUAUUGCGAUUGGGGUGGCGUGCUCAGUCGGUAUCAUCAUGGUCGCACUCCUAGCAUUUCUUGUGUACAGGCGGCGAAAGCAACAGGCCACGAAGACAAAGCAUACCCAAUUGAGUCGCGAAGAGCCCGUGGAGAUGGACGGCGGAGCGUCCUGGCCGCCACAGGAAAAAUUCCGGCACGUGUACGCAGCGCCAAUCGAGGCAGAUGCGCAUGCUGUCCACGAGCUUGACGGGAGCGAGGUGCCAGAGUUACCGGGUAGUUACGAAGGGCAGAUGCUUGCCAACAAGAAGACUCCUAGGACGUCCUAUCAUGCUGUCGAUGCUCGUGCCCACCCUACGCAAGACCAUGCUGGGGCCCGCAACCCGUACUUGGAAGUCACGCCUUCGAACCAAGCAGCAAGUGUAUCGCCUAUUGCGGGACGAUUAUCCUACACGACGUCGCAGAAUACCUCAUUUAGCGUGUCACCAAUCGCACCGUCGCCGCUCGAAGAUGCUCGCGUUUCUUCUGGAUACCUGCAACAGCAACGCUACUAUCAAUACACAAACGCAUCCACGUGAAAGAUCGCCGAGGUGGCUGAGUUUCGGACAAGGAACCGAGCAUCGAAUGUACAACGAUGUGCAUUGGUAU